GAUUGCUGUCACCUGGCCUAUUACCUAGAUCUGGUUCGUCGGAUAUAAGGAUUGGUUGUGGGGCGGUGCAGUAGAUACCGGCAUACAUCAGCGGGGGUCAGCUCCAGAACACACCACCACUCACUCUUCUUGCUCUGAGGUGCUCCCGAACCGCUAACAUGCAGGGACCGCUGGUAUUGCUGGUCGUUUCUACCAUAUGCCUCAUUGGAGCAAACAGCAAGCAUUCCCGUGGUGAAUGCCCCCAAGUACAAAUACAGCAAAACUUCUCUCUAAGCGAGUAUAUGGGGAUGUGGUAUGAAAUUGAACAUCUUCCCACACAUUUUGAUUCCGGUAGCUGCAUUGCAGAAAAAUACAGCCUGGAGGAAGAUGGUUGGGUGGUGCUCAUCACUGAGGAGAAGUUGGAGAAUGGUACUUUGCAAUAUUACAGGGGAGAUAUGGUUCCAACAAGUUUGAAUGUAACAGCUAACCUUCAAUACAGAUUGGGACGUCCAUUCAAAAGUGUGCCAGACUUUGCAGAGUUUUCCUUUGUCACAUACAUGGUAUUAACCACCGACUACAGAAGUUAUUCACUGGUAUACAGCUGCUUCCCCCGGGACCUUGCCAGAUGGAAACAUGUAGAAUAUGCUUGGAUUUUGUCAAGAGAACGGCAUCUAGCAGAAAAUGUCACUAAUCACCUGCAUGAGAUCCUGAAUUCAUAUGGUAUUAAAGAUGAAGAACUGAUUAAAACCAGUCAAGAAAAUUGCCCUAAACAUACAUAAAGCAGUGCUCAGAAUACAUUCAAAAUCAACAAAUAAAUCUGCAAAAAUUUAAUUAAUCUUUAGUUUUCAUGAUUGUAUUUUACAAUUGCUUUAGUAUAACUUGGAUUAUAUCAUUGGUGUCACUGUUGAGCAUGAACUGAGUGUAACUUAGUUUUAUUAAAAGUGGGCCAGAAUAAACGUCCCCAAAACAUGGGCACUUGUUAAUCUUUGCCUCUUUUCAGAUCUGUGGUGAUUGUUGAAGUGCUGAUCAGUCCAUCAUUACAUUUACUGACCCACAAUACAUAUACAGAGAUGGCUUUCAUACAUAUCAAAGAACUACUGCUGUAAACAACUUGGCAUAUGCAAAUAAUGGACUUGUUAGCCUUGAUGUAUGUGGAAAUAAUGCACCGCAUGACUUCAGACUAUACCAAGCAACCUCCUUAUUUGGAGCUCAAAUCAGUUUGCCUUUGUGUGGGAUAUAUUUUCAAAUUGCCAAUCAGUUGUGAAGCUGUCACUGCAGAUCACUUACCUGACUCCGUUAUUUAAAUGGCAAUAAAGACCAGUCAGCUUCUCCAAAGGGUAGGCAAUCCUUAACAUGUACAUUACACUAGAAUGGCAAGUGAAAAAUGUGGCCUGUGAGUUUUGGUCAACAAUUUUGAUUUUCAACUAUUCUGUGACAGCUAACUAACUAGAGUUCAUUAAUUCAUUUGUUGAGCUGUCUUCCAUGUCAAUAUGUUCAAUACUGUACUGUGACCAUGUAGAAACUUGCAGCAUUGAAUAAUAUACUUGGCAAUAAAAAUAUGAAACC